AUGGACAAGCGCCUGCCGCACCGGAUUAGAGACAUCCGCCUUCAGUUUCAGCUCGCUGGCAAGACUGCCACUGCGGACAGUGUGAAGGAUGAGUUGUGCAAGAGCUUCACGGAGUAUGGACGGCUGAAGCAGCAAGCGCUCAGAAAGCUCGUUCUGCAAGAGCUCAGCACUCCUCUGCCGACGCCUACAGCCUCUGACACGAUUGGGGCUGAAAGCCGUGAAGGCCAUGAAGGCCAGGAAGGCCAGGAAGGUCAAGAUGCCUCGAAUGCUGGGCCGAAGAAGAAGCGUCGGAAGGAGGCUAAGGAGGCUAAGGAGGCUAAGGAGGCUAAGGAGGCUAGACCGCAGCCCUUACCGGAUGCCUUUCCAGAUCGGCCUCUCGUGGAGAGGGAGACCAUGAAUGAGUCAAUGCGGCGUCUUUAUGCCCAGAAUGCCCCGAAUGCCCAGAGCGCGACGGAUGCCAAACUAGGGGCUGAGGGACCAUCUAGGCGUGCGCGGGAGAAAGCUGCUAUGGCUGCUGCCCGCCGUGAGCAGGGCUUGCCGGAGCCGCGAAACGCAGGCUUUCAACCCGAGGCGCGCCCUGACGAAAGGCUCGAAGAUCUCGGAGGUGUCGACGAGAUACUGCAGGAUUUGCGGCAGCUUGUGGUUCAACCUCUCAGCCAUCCAGAAGUCUUUCAGCACCUUGGUGUCCAGCCACCAACCGGGGUUCUCCUUUUUGGACCCCCAGGCUGUGGAAAAACCAAAAUUGCACAUGCCAUUGCAGGCACCACAGGUGUACCUUUCUUCAAGAUCGCUGCCACAGAGAUUGUUUCAGGAAUGUCUGGCGAGUCGGAAGCGAAAAUCCGCCAACUCUUUCAGGCAGCGAUGGCUGCGGCCCCAAGCCUGAUUUUUCUGGAUGAGGUGGAUGCCAUUACGCCGAAGCGGGACUCUGCCGGUCGUGAGAUGGAGCGCCGCAUUGUGGCACAACUCCUUACUUGCCUUGAUGAACUUCAGAAAGCUAAUGUCAUCGUUCUGGGAGCGACGAACCGACCCGAUGCACUUGACCCCGCUCUCCGGCGAGCAGGGCGCUUUGACCGUGAGAUUGCUAUGGGUAUACCGGAUGAGAGCGCGCGUGCCAGAAUCCUGGAGAAGAUGGUUGCUGGCAUGCGCCUGGCAGACAGCCUGGACCUGCGGUUCUUGGCGAAGAAGACCGCAGGCUUUGUUGGUGCAGAUUUGUCUGCCUUGACAAAGGAGGCUGCGCUCGGAGCCGUUCAGCGUGCAUUUUCUGGCUUGCAGUCUCAGAGAGAGCAGAGAGAGCAGAGCGGAAUGAGCCGAGACAUGGCUGAGAGUGGGCCAUACUCGCCGGAAGAGAUGGCCGGUCUUGCAGUUGAUGCUGCCGACUUCACCGAAGCACUGACCAGAGUCCAACCAUCUGCUCGACGUGAAGGCUUUACAACCAUCCCGGAUGUGAAGUGGGAGGAUGUGGGUGCACUGCAGGAGGUACAAGCCGACAUGGACGCCGCUGUUUGCGAGCCCAUUCGCAAUGCCGAGCUCUUCAAGGAGCUUGGUGCGGGCCUCGCGAUGACACCAUACGACAUACGACACUCCUGCAAGUCUUGCACAUGA